AUGGCUAGCUCACCACCCGUCACCGAGGACCAGAACCGCCUCCUCGAGGAGGCAUUGGGGGUGGUGAGGCAGCAGUCGAGUCUGAUGCGCAAAUGUCUAGAGACUCCUGGAAAGCUCAUGGAUGCGCUCAAAUGCGGAUCGACUUUUGUCUCAGAAUUACGAACCCCCAGUCUCGGCCCGAAACAGUACUACGAGUUGUAUAUGGCCGUCUUUGAUGCGCUGCGACACCUUUCCGUCUACUUAAAGGAGAACCACCCCGUUAAUCACCUCGCCGACCUAUACGAGCUCGUCCAGUAUGCCGGCAAUAUCGUCCCCCGCUUGUACCUCAUGAUCACUGUUGGUACUGUCUACAUGUCCGUCGAAGAUGCGCCGGUCAAGGAGAUCAUGAAGGACAUGAUGGAAAUGAGCCGAGGCGUACAGCACCCGAUCCGCGGUCUGUUUCUGCGAUACUAUCUCUCCGGUCAGGCACGAGACUAUUUGCCCUUGGGAACUGGCGACGGGCCAGAGGGCAAUAUGCAGGAUUCAAUCAACUUUGUUUUGACGAAUUUUGUGGAAAUGAACAAGCUCUGGGUUCGGCUUCAGCACCAAGGCCCCUCACGGGAGCGAGAGAGGCGGAUACAAGAACGUCGCGAACUGGAGCUCCUUGUUGGUAGCAACAUUGUGAGACUCAGCCAGCUGGUUGACCUUGAAGGGUACAAAUCUGGCAUUUUGCAAGCCCUUCUCGAGCAGGUUGUACAAUGCCGCGAUGUUCUGGCGCAAGAAUAUCUCUUGGAAGUUAUCACAAAGGUCUUCCCAGAUGAGUUCCACCUUCACACCCUCGACCUCUUACUAUCUGCUAUUGCCAGACUUAAUCCGCACGUGGACUUGAAGAAAAUUGUAAUCGGUCUUAUGGAUCGCUUGUCUUCUUAUGCGGCAAGAGAAACAGACUCGGCUGCAGAACCAGAAGCACGGAAACAAAGCGAGGAAGACGCAGUCACCAAGUUGUUGGAAAAGCUGGAACUGGCAAAAGAAGCCAAAGCUAAAGAGGCGAAGUUUGCCAGCACCGAUGGGACCUCCGAGGGGAACGGCACCGAGAACGAUAAAGAAGAACCAGUUCAAGAGAGCAUUGAGCCCACUGAGCCAUCAGCGGAAGGGAAGCAAGCCCAGAACGGAGACGAUGCGAAGGCUGGUAUCCCGACAGAAGUCAAGCUGUAUGAUAUCUUCUAUGAUCAAGUGGUGAAUUUGAUCCGGACGCGUGCGUUGCCGAUUCAGGACACCAUGGCGCUCUUGGUAUCACUUGUCAAUCUGGCAUUGAACACAUAUCCAGACCGGUUAGAGUAUGUCGACCAGGUCCUGGACUUUGCAACGCAAAAGACCGCCGAAUAUACCGAUCAUGCCGAUUUGCAUUCAACGCCAACACAACAACACAUCCUUAACCUCCUUGAAGCUCCUCUCAAAUCCUACGUCUCAAUUUUCACAGCCUUGGCACUGCCACAUUACCUGCUCCUUCUGUCCUCACAAUCGUACACCACGAGGAGGUCUGUGGCGGCCAAUAUUAUUCGCAGCCUCUUGCGGAACAGAAUCUUGAUUUCCACGACAGAGAACCUCGACCGUGUGCUUCAGGCGGCGAGGGUGCUGAUCAAGGAAGGUCUGCAGCAAUCUGCUGGGUAUCCAGGAGCACAGACUCAGCGGCGAGGAGGGGAAACCGAGGAGACAGUCGAAGAGCAAGGAUGUCUUGCGAGACUUGUGCAUUUGAUUCAGGGGCCGGACAAUGACACCCAGCUAAAGCUUCUCCAAGCGACACGCAAGGCAUUUGCGGAUGGCAACGAACGAAUCCGCUACACCACUCCUGCUAUUAUCACAGCGUCGAUCCGAUUGGCUCGCAAACUAAAGUCGCGUGAGCAUUACGACGACAAUUGGCAAUCACAAUCAUCGGCUCUGUACCGAUUCAUGCACCAGAGCAUCAACAACCUGUACCAGCGCGUAAAUUCCGGAUGCGCCGAUCUUGCGCUCCGAUUGUUUGUCAUGUGUGGCGAAGUCGCAGAUCAGACAGGAUUCGAGGAAGUCAGCUACGAGUUCUUCGCGCAGGCAUUUACCAUCUACGAAGAUGCGAUCAGCGACUCGCGCGCCCAGUUCCAGGCCGUCUGCAUAAUUUCAGGCGCCUUACAUGGCAGUCGCGGGUUCUCCAAGGAGAACUACGACACACUCAUCACCAAAGCCGCGCUGCAUGGAAGCAAGCUCCUCAAGAAGCCCGAUCAAUGCCGUGCCGUGUACCUCGCAAGUCACCUCUGGUGGGUAGUUGAGAACCCCCAGCGGGGCGAAGAAGAUCCCAAGGAUCUCUAUCGCGACGGUAAACGUGUUCUCGAAUGUCUACAGCGCGCCCUCCGCGUCGCCGACGCCUGCAUGGACACCGCCGUCUCCGUUGAGCUCUUCGUGGAGAUCCUCAACCGCUACGUCUACUACUUCGACCAGCAAAACGAGACCGUCACCACCAAGUACCUGAACGGUCUCAUCGAACUCAUCCACUCAAACCUGCAGACCACCGAUGAAGAGCCGAACUCCAGCCUCGAUGGCCCGAAGCGCCACUUCCAACGUACGCUCGAGUACAUUCGCUCCCGCGAGUACGAGGGUAUCGUGACGGAACCACCGAAAUAA